UUAUUGUUGUACACAUUAGAGUGACUUCCCCGUGGAGACCCAGAGCGAAAAUGGCUGCCUCCUCUGUUGGUAACGUGCGUGUGGAGUUUGAUGAGGACGUAUCAGAUUUUUAUUCUGAUUCAGAAUAUUCAAGUGAAUCCGAAGGGAAUGAGGCCCAAGAUGCUGCAGUGGAGCAGGCCCAGUCAAAGAAAGGAUUGGCUGAUGUCUUGGCAAAAAUACUCCACAAAAAUGUGCCCUCUCAUAAACAGGUAAUCCUAGCGAAGGGCAAGACAGACAGGGAGAUACAGAAGCGUAAACUGGUUGUGAAGGCAUCCGAGGAGAACGAAGCACAGCCUGAGCAGAAACAGCGCAAGAAAAUACUAGUUGGUGCUGAACUGGCAGCAGAGGAAAAGAGAAAGCAGUGGGAGAACAUGUGCAGAGUGAAGCCAGAUCCUUUAGAGCGUGAUAGGGAGAGGCAGCUCCAACGGAUAGCUACCAGAGGUGUUGUGCAGUUGUUUAAUGCAGUACGUCAGCAGCAGAAGACUAUAGAUGAUGAAAUCUAUAAAGUUGGGCCAUCAGAACGCAAGCAGGAGAAGGUCAUGGCAAACAUGACCAAAGACAAGUUCCUCAGUAUCUUGAAAGGAACCAGUUCCUCAAACGUUAAAGUGGACACUGAACAAAAGGGAUCAGCCUCUAGUAUGUCACCCCUGAGUGUCAGCAAGGACACAAAGUGGGCGGCGCUGCGUGAUGACUACAUGAUGGGGGCCAAGAUGAAGGACUGGGACCAGGAGGGGAGCGAGGGGGAGGCAGCACAGGGGGAACCAGACAUGUCUGACAGUGACUGAGAGAUAAGGAGGGGAGCGAAGAAGAGGCAGCAUAGGGGAACUGGACAUGUCUGACCGUGACUAAGAGACCAGGUGUACCAGAAAUGACAGUAACUAGGGAAGUCUUUUCAGACCCAGACAUUUCUGAUAGUAAAUAAGGAAGUAUAUUGGGACCCAGACAUUUCUGACAGUAACUAAGGAAGUACAUUGGGACUCGGACAUGUUUGACAGUAAGUGAUGAAGUAUAUUAGAAUUCGGACAUGUCUGACAGUAACUAGGAAAGUCUUUUGGGACCCAAACAUUUCUGACAAUAAUGAAGGAAGUACAUUGGGACUCGGACAUGUCUGACAGUGAGUGGUUAAGUAUAUUACAACUUGGACAUGUCUGACAGUAACUAGGAAAGUCUUUUGGGACCCAGACAUUUCUGUCAGUAACUUAGGAAGUAUAUUGGGACCAAGACAUGUCUGACAGUAACAAAUGAAGUAUAUUGGAACUCAAACAUGUCUUACUGUAACUAAUGAAGUAUAUUGGGGCUUAUUCAUGUCUGACAGUAACUAGGGAAAUCUAUUGAGACUACAAUAUUCUGACAUUAACUAGGGAAGUAUAUUGGGACCCAGACAUUUCUGACAGUAAAUAAUGAAGUAUAUUGGGACUCCGACAUGUCUGACAGUAACUAAAAAAGUAUAUUGGGACUCAGACAUGUCUGACAGUAACUAAGGAAGUAUAUUGGGACUCAGACAUGUCUGACAGUAACUAAGGAAGUAUAUUGGGACUCAGACAUUUCGCACAGUAAAUAAUAAAGUAUAUUGGGACUCAGACAUGUCUGACAGUCACUAAGGAAGUAUAUUGGGACAAAGACACAUCUGACAGUAACUAAGGAAGUAUAUUAGAAUUCUGACAUGUUUGACAGUUACUACGGAAAUAUAUUGGGACACAGACAUGUCUGACAGUAACUAAGGAAGUAUAUUGGGACUCAGACAUGUCUGACAGUAACUAAGGAAGUAUAUUGGGACAGAGACACAUCUUACAGUAACUAAGGAAGUAUAUUAGAAUUCUGACAUGUUUGACAGUUACUACGGAAGUAUAUUGGGACUCAAACAUGUCUGACAGUGGCUAAAAAAGUCUAUUGGAACCCAGGCAUGUCUGACAGUUACUAGGGAAGCCUAUUGGGACCCAGGCUAAGUGGACUGGGACAGAGGCUGCAUCGGAUGAAGCCAGAUAAAGACUGAAGUUGCUGUCAGUUCUGGAAAUGGCACAAAGUGCAUUUUCUGACCUCAGUCUGUCAGUUUCUGAGGGUGGAUCCACUGAAUUCUAAUAAUUCAUUAUACUGAUAUGGUCACUAUCAAAUAAAUAUGUUCAACUUUAAAUAUGGACAGUAUGGUAUACAGUGUUCCAUGAAGUAAAAUGUUAUUUGGAAAAAUAUCUAUUGAUGUGCUUGCAGAGUGGUGGCAUGUUUGGUUUUUGUCAAAACUAUCAUUGUUCAAACCUUACAAAUGAGCAGCGCAACAGUUCUGGUGAAUUGCCCUCUGAAAAUUGCAUCUCUCUGCAUUUAUGUAUAAAAAUAUAUUGUUUUCAUAAUUUCAUUUAUGCUUUCACAGAUGAAAUUGUCUGUAAAGAGAUGAUAAAAUGUUAAUGUGUGUAUUUUUCAAUGAAAAAAGUGUGUACAGUUUGUGUACUAUUUAUUACUAUUUAUGUUAAUUUAUGAAUACAAAAAUAUCUCGUGUCUAUUUGCAGCAGUGUCUUACUUUGUUAAUGUUGUGAAACUUUGAUAAAAAAAAUUCAAUACUGUUAUUGAUAUAAUUGCUGAAUGCAAAUAUAUGAGUUUUUUUGCACAUGUCUCCAUGCCAAAGUUUUGUAUCACAUUUCAAGGCAAUAUAUACGUCACGUUUGGUCUAGCAUUUCACUUCUGAAAACAAUCUUUGCUACCACAGGUGGUUAGCGUGUGGCUAUGAUAUUAAUUAGUGAAAACAUCAUUUUGAAUGUAUUUAAGACUGAAAUCUUCAUAGAGUAAAGGACAUUUUCUCUGCAAAGUUCACGAACCUCGAUACCAUAAUUCAAUUAAACGUAUGAAAAAACAUUAUUACCGUGCUUGCCGUUACAUUAUGCAUCAAAACUAACUGUCCAGCGCUGUUUGAAACCUUUGUUUACAUACAUUUCAACUGACAUUUUAAACACGUGUGAUUUCAUUGGUCCAAUGCGAGGUGUGCCUUUACAACUAGAGAUUUCAUUCAUAAAUACUGCCUGAUCAGUGUCAACUGGGUCAUGCGAGUUGUGUAUCGUGUUAUUUCUUAAAAGUUGACCCAGCAUUUGUAAAAAUAUUGCAAGACAUAUACAUUUCCAUAUUUUAGGAAUAACAAGGGCCCUACAAAUGAAAGGCAAAGGCCUUAUAGUAAUUGCCCCAUCUGUGUGUCUACAAACCCACAUUUUUAUGUUUUCAGCUGCACACAGUACUAAGGGGUGAAUUAUUCUCGUAAGUUGUAGUCCAACAUCUGCGUCAUCAGUCCUCUGUAAACACUUUAUGGAAAUGAAGCGAAUGUGUUCUUUUGAGUGGUCCUCUACUUAAAUUAUUUAGAUUUGUUUAUAACAUGGGCACAGGCCUUUGUGCCUUAUAUGACUUUAUAGAAAACUGUAAAUCAUCCCCUCAAAAGCCAUGUGUGACUUAAUAAUUCUGCAAUAAUAUGCUUUACUGGUGGGAUGAAGGUCUUAAACUAUUGAUAAGACAAGAGCCUGUCACAGUAGUGCCAAAUCCCCGCCGAUAUGUGUUUGCUUGUAUGAAAACAUUUGUUUUAGAGAGUAAAAUAAUAUUUGUGAAACAUG